AUGAGACUGCUCGCACUUCUGAUGCUCACCAUUGCGAAUAUCACAAUGGGUGAUGUGAUCAAAAUUCCUCUCAAGAGGAUUGAACCUCCAAUGUUCAAAAUGAUACGCGAGGGCACUUGGGCAACACAAAUGAAAGCAAUUAGGGCAAUGCGGCUGCAGGCAGCUAAUGAUAGAAACGCUCCGAUAGCCCAGAAGCUGUACAAUUACUGGGACCUGACUUAUGUUGGCACGAUCACAGUAGGAACACCAGAUCAGGAAUUCAAGGUCGUUCUUGACACUGGUUCUACCAAUCUUUGGGUGCCAGACUACAAGUGCCACAUAGGUACUCUGCAAGUAUGUGAGGAAUCAGUUUGCGAUCAAGGAUUGGUAUGCCAGGUCUUCUGCCCCAGAAAAACAAAGUGCUGCAAAGAGUAUAUAAUUAAAGACGAAGAACCGAAUCCGUGCGCAGCGAAAAACUACUUCAUGUCGAAUGAAUCGGAGACCUACAGCCGGAUGCCUGGAUCAAGGUGGACCAUCAAUUAUGGGACUGGAAGGGCAGAAGGAUUUUGGGGUAACGAUACUAUUCGAUUUGGAGAAGCUGGAGGUGCUCAGCUUGUAGUCCCAGGCUGCCAGUUUGGUCAAGCAGAUCAAAUUGCCCCAUUUUUCGCUAAUCAACCUAUCGAUGGAAUCCUCGGCAUGGGAUUUUCAACACUUUCCUCGACAAAUUUUGUUCCGAUUUUUGAACGCGCAUGGAAUCUGGGCUUAGUUGAACCAAUUUUUACUUUCUACAUGGAGCAUGCAAACGGGUAUUCAAAACAAUCUGUAUAUGGAGGAUUGGUCACUUUUGGCGGAGAAGACCGUGAAAAUUGCGGUGAAAUUAUAGCAUGGCAAAACCUUACUUCAGCAAGAUACUGGGAAUUUCAGAUGGAUGGGUACUCAUUCGGUGGAAACAAGAUUAUGACUAGAUAUCGCGCCAUUUCUGACAGUGGAACGUCUUUCAUUGGCAUGCCAGCAGAAGUCGUGCAUCAAAUUAGCAAGGCAUUUAACGCAACGUACAAGGCAGAAGAUGACACUCACUACGUUGAUUGUGCUGCUGAAGGUCCCGAUUUUGCACUCAUAAUCGGCGACAAGGAGUAUCCCAUCAAGAGAGUCAACUUGAUUGCAGAAGUUAAGAAAAAUGCCUGCGCUCUAACAGUAUUUCAAGUCUCAUGGGCUCCAGCAGAUUGGAUGCUUGGUGAUUCUUUCAUACGACAGUACUGUAAUAUACAUGACAUGAAGAAUAAGCGUAUCGGAUUUGCUCCGUCGUUACAAGACGCUCGUUAGUAAAGCAUUUUUGUUGUUA